AUGGACUGGGCGGGACUUUCCUCUAGAUCAAGCUCUCUUACAGUUGGAGAGCAACUCUGCGCCGUCUUCAUACCUUUCUUUGCCAUUAUUGACUUCUUCUUCUCCACCGUUGGACAAUGCUUCGAUUGCCGCAGCCGCAGCCCAUUGCCUCAGAUAUGUCAGCACGUGAAUCUUGCUCUUCUUGCCGUUGAUUCUCCUUUUUCAGUUAAUGAAGUUGAAGCAUUGUAUGAGUUAUUCAAGAAACUGAGUUGUUCAAUUAUUGAUGAUGGCUUGAUUCACAAGGAAGAGCUUCAGCUAGCGCUUUUCCAAGCUCCACAUGGUGAGAACCUCUUUCUUGAUAGGGUUUUUGAUUUGUUUGAUGAAAAGAAGAAUGGGGUUAUAGAGUUUGAGGAAUUUAUCUAUGCGUUGAGUGUGUUUCAUCCCUAUGCACCAAUCGAGGAGAAGAUUGACUUUGCAUUUAGACUCUAUGAUUUACGACAAACCGGAUUUAUUGAGCGAGAAGAGGUGUAUCAAAUGGUGGCUGCUAUUUUGAUGGAAUCUGAAAAUGAUUCUUUCCGAUGA